GCGCUGACUUUACUAGGUCUUUUCGCAGCGUAAACAGGCCAAAAGGCACAUACGUGGUCCUGCUUCGUGGCACCCUCCAAGGCUCUCCCCCAAACAAUCCGCGACCGCCAUUCUCUAGGAGAUCAGAAACCGACCAUCAGCCAUACAGCACGAGGUUUACUCUUAAGCUGGUGAUGGGAUCCCAGUACCCAUCGUCAAAUCUCACGUCACGCUUCGGCACCCAAACAUUAACAUGCACGAUCUCAAACCACUGAUUCUCCCCAAACUCGUCGCUGCGCGCAAGUCGUCCAAAAGCUCAUUCGACAUGUCGGCCGAGCCCACAUCUUCGGUCUACUCGUGCGCUGACUCUGGUUUCUACUCCGCUUCUGAGUGCUCCACGCCACCCACGCCAAGUCUCUACACACGAGGUCACUUCCGCUUCCCCAGCUCUGCGUCUUCGCUUUCAUCGAGUCCACCAACUCACGAGAUCGCUGAGGCACCCAAUGCCUCUGGCAAGCUUCCAAAGCUGACCGAGGAACCUGUUGAGCAAGAGUACCACUACGGACCUGAAGACCCCCACCGCUGCUCAUGCGACACUGAAACUGGCCAUGAGACCAAAUGUGAAAUUGCCAGGGCAUACGAAUUCCAGGACGAGUACUUCCGCUCCGUAGAUGCGGAGAUCCGGAUGGCCAAGCGUCGACGUUCACUGGAAUCUUCAGCCAACAGCAUCACCAACAAGAUUGAACGCCGCUUCCCCUCUUUGUCGCGCAAGGUCAAGGAGCGUAAGAGGACCUCGUCAAGCUUCACUGGGGUAUCACGCAGCGAGACACCAUCUCGUGUCCCAUCGACACGAUCAUCGUCUAUCACCAGCUCCAUUCGCCAUGUCCAGUCCUUCGAUGUCUCUCAACAAUACUCCCAGGUCCCUACCCCUGCUCAAAGUCUGGAGCAGCUCAGCGAAAGCUCAGCACCCAUGGAGAUCGACGUCGUCAAAGCUAAUGCCAUCGACAUCGACAUCGACCCCGAGCAGGUCGACGCUGAGCGUUGCGCGACUACGCCUCUCCUGCCACCUCUGCUCAUGUGCCGGGACGAUCUGCCAACGUCGUCGCCACUUCAGUCGCCCACCAUCGCCAAUGCAUUGCAGUCCUGCGUCCCGACUCCCACUGGUACUCCACCGGUCCGCGCUUACCCUACGCCUACGUUAUCAGCCAAGCCUUCAAUGGCAUCCAUCAAAACAUCUCGUCCCGGAUACACGGUAUCUUCUGCCGAUAUCCCACCCAUGAUGUUGGCAGACCCUGAUGACAAAUGGACUAACCUUCUGGGCCACGCGAACUUUACCAUCCUGCCGGAACCCUACGUCCCCGAGCGCUGCGACGCCGCAUCUGUCCGCCAGCUUUUUACCGACUGGGAGUCAGCGCGCUGCAACUACGCAAAGCACCAAGUGCGCACCGCAGAGCACUAUGGCGUCACCUCUAAGCACUACACGCUCACCGAGCGGAAGUGGGCAGAGAUCGAUGCCGAGUGGAAGAAAAACCACGAGAUGGCCACCUCCAUCCACGCUCAGGCGAUUGGUCACCUCUCGCCAGUUGCGCCAUUGUCACCUGUCGAGCCAGCUCCUCUCAGCAAAUUGCCCACGCUCAACGAUCCCAAGAGCGAAGGCAAGUUCCCCAAGCUCGGCGAUGAAGACGUUGUCGGUCCCAUGGUCCAGAUCGCGUCACCAAUGAUGCUAAAGACCCCUUCGCGGAAGCGCGCGUUUUUCAAAUUCCUUAGCGACCUGCUCCCUGGUUCUCUGCUCGGCCGUUCUUCGGCUGGCGUUCGGGACCACUAGACUCGCCGUCGCCACCAUUCUACCUUGUGUAUAUUCUUGUGCAAUUACAAACCAUUGCGAGGCGUUCGCAGCAUUAGCUGCUGCCAUGGGUUUAACGACGUACGACCUGUAUGACCAUUUCACGGCCGAGCCAUUCGCGCCACGCCCGAUCCUUAUCACGAAUUUCCUUUGUUAUCUUACGAAUCUAGAGAGGUAAACUCCUUCACAGU